AUGAGUGCAGCGAAGAGUCCGAGGACACCAUCCAUGGAGUACUGCCGCCGGCUCCGGAGACGCACUCCGCCAGGCCGUGCCGUCGCGGCUUCUUGCCCUCGCCUCGUCUCCGCCGUAGCCAUCUUGCUGCCACCGGGCGAGCAACUGUGCAUCUCACUCCAACAGCACCACUGCUCCCCAGAUUCUUGCCACUCCCACUCUCCUCCUCCCCCUCCUCGUGCCUCCUUCAUCGACCGGAUGGCAGAGAUCGACGAAGCUCUUCUCACGGAGUUGCUGGAAGAGCCGUGCGCGGAGGAGGCCGAGGACGACGAUCGUUUAAGCUACGUGAUUCGAUCUCUGGAGGCGGAGAUCAGCAACAUGGACGCCGUAACAACAGGGGACGAGGGUGGAUCGAGCGCAGGUGCCGAGGAAGCGAGUGAUGAUGGCGGAUGGGAGGAGUUGCUCUCGGCUGUCGAUGGCGACGAUACAGCAACGCGUGUAGAGGACGAGCUGUUCGACUGCGUCGACGUCGGUGUCGAGCCUGACUCGGCCGGCGAUGCCGUGAGCGAUUGGUUCAUGGAUUGGGAUGUUUAGUUCGUAUAUUCUAAUCCGAUAUGACUUAUUAGCCGUGUGGGGUGUGGUUUAUACGUGUG